UGAGAAACGGCUUUGGAUCGACUUUACUUUCGGUUUCUAAAUGCAUGUUUACGCAGGAUAAAAUGGUUCAUUUACGGCUGAAUUGCUACUGUUUGGUUUAACAUUUGUUUUUCACCGAAAAAAUGAGUUAUUUCAAGGACAAACCUGCCUUUGUGGAACUGGCCGAGCUGGAAUGUCACUUUACUUGGGAUUUGAAAAAAGAAGAUACAAACAUCACAGAUCUUUUAACAAGACUGGAGCAGCAUUGUGACUUAAAUCUUGGUGAUAAGGCAGGGGACGCACACACACACAACUCUUUGGCAUACGUUAAGUAUCUUUUGGGUUCUUAUGAAGAAGCCCUAACAAACUUGAAGAAAUCUGUGGAGCUCACUAAAGAUUUUUAUGGGGAUAACUGUGAUGAAAAGCUCAUUGUCACUUAUGGAAAUUUUGCCUGGUUACACUUUCACAUGACACAGUAUGAUGAAUGCCAAAGUUACCUGGAAAAACUGAAGGAGAUCAAAGAAAAAAACCCAGCCGUCUCUACAUCUGCUCCUCAUCCCCAAGUGCUUGGUGAGAAGGCCUGGGCCUUGUUUAAAUUUUCACGCAAAUACUACAGCAGAGCUCAGGAGUGUUUUAAAAAGGCAUUGGAGUUGGAGCCAGAAGACGGUCACUGGAACGCUGGUUAUGCCAUUGUACUAUACAGAACAGAAACUAAAUGUCCGGAGGAUUCAUCUGCCUUAAAACAACUCAGACGGGCGAUAGAAACAAACCCUAAUAAUGAUGAACUGAAGCUUCUUUUAGCUCUGAAACUCGCUGAAUUUAAGCUGUUUGAUGAGGCUGAGGAUCUGGUGGAAAGGGCUCUUGAGAUGUCUCCAGAUAGUCCACAUGUGAUUCGAUAUGUGGGGAAAUACAUGAGAAACUAUGGACCUAUAGACAGGUCUAUUAGCCUGUUAAAAAGAGCAUUGGAUGUUUCUCCAAAUUCAGCAUUCAUACACCAUCAGUUGGCUCUUUGCUAUAAAAAGAUAAAAGAACAAUUCAGGGAGCAGCCUGAGUGUCAGAGAUUUCGUAAUUUAAGCAUCUCACAUUUUGAAAAGGCUAUCACUUUAAAGAGUGGGUUUAUCUAUGCAAUGACACAACUGGCAAUUCUCUACGGUGAGGACGGACAAAUCGAUCGGGCUGAAGAAGUUUUUCAAACAGCCUUCUUCGCAGCUAAGCAGAAAAUCGAGGGACUACAACAGCUUUACUUGUAUUAUGGAGAGUUCCAGCAGUACAGAAAAAGAAAUCAAUAUCUGGCCAUCAAAUACUACAAGGACUGUUUACAAAUGGCACUUGAUACACGAGAUGGAAAGAAAAGUGCUAAAAAUCUAAGGAAGAUUGCUGACAAGCGUUUAUCUUAUAACACAAAUGACACAAGGGCUUUAGGGAUACUAGAAUUUAUUGAGCAGGUUACAGGUGAGAAACAAUUCACUGCAGAGGGCUGUGAAACUACAAGCUAAAAUGAAGCUUGGUACAAAGAUGUGUAUUAUUGGACACAUAAAUAAGAGCUGCUAUU